AUGGCCACUGAACGACGGACAUCCAGUCCCGAGGCCUGGCGCCACAGGCUUAACGAGUUAAAUGUCAGAGACUUUCCUACUACUGUCGCUCUGGAACUUACAAAAGAUUCAUUGGGGAUCGUGCUGAAACAAUGGAGGAGCUACAAUUCGACCGUGAAGCUUAGUUUACUUUUUUCGAUGCUCUGUAUCAAGAAACUGCAAGUAAAGCAAUUUGAAGACAGUUUAACCCAAAUUAUUAAUUUUGGCUGCGUUGAUGAAGAUGAAUGGAUCCGUCAAAUAUCAAAAAUAUUACGACCAUAUCCUAAAACUUUGGCACUAGAUUUUCGUGGCGAACUUAUAGUCCAUCCAGAUGCUAUUGAGAACUGGUUACGUUUGGGCGAAAAAGUUAGGCAUCACGGUACUCGAUUCCGUCCAGCAGAAUAUCCAUAUAUUCAUCCUGAUUUAUACGACAUCACCAGACCUUUACAGGCUAAAAUGGUUAAUGAGUCUCCCUACGAAGUGCACGAUUUGCAAAAAUUGAGACAAGACAGAUUGAGCGUGCUAAAUUCUAGCACUAAUCUUACUUCAAAUACGGUCUUGACUGGAGCUCCAGCAAGCACCCCCAGCUCAUCACCAUAUGCCAGAAACGCUUCGAUACAGUCUGUGCCAAAUACAUCUCUCAAUCGACCACCAAUGCCAACUCGUGUCGGAUCAACGUCAAGCUCGUCAGCAUCAAUGUUUAUUCCCAGACGGAGACAAUCCUAUCAGUCUCAGCCGACCUCAAGGCUUGGUCCGAUCAGCACAGCUAAAGGGUCGAGUGGUGUUGUUAAGGCUAUGAACUCGCCAACUGAUAUAAUAACAACGGGAAAGACAUUUCCGAAACAAUCCAAGAUUCAGAUGCUUGAUAUAUCGGUAGGCUCAUCUAUAAUAAAAAACCAACAAGAAAGCAUUAAAAAAACUCAGAUGGAGGAACAAAGUCAAAAAGAGAAGCGGCAGCGUGAAAGAAACGAAAAAAUUCGACAGCGGGAAGAAGCGAGAUUACAAAAAGAAACAGAGAAGAAACAACGAGCUGCUGCACGAAUGGAGGCUCAAGCAGAUGCGGCCAAUAAUGCGGCCAAUAACGCUCAGGGCGUGCGCAUCAAGAAAAGAAAAAUAAAUAGUGUUGCAGAGGAUGUUUCAUUGGAAGAACCUGUAUCAGACAGUGAGCUGCCUCACAAAACUUCACAACUAACUAUAACUUCUCCAACGUCACCGACGUCACCUCCUCCAACGAACGUCCCGAAAAACGAAGAGGAUGCGCAAAAACCGGACAGUCUGUUAGCGGCAGUUGAGCAAGUUUCGGAAAACACACAAACACAAUUGUCUGAGACGAAUAUAUUACCGAAGGAGCAAAUUGAUUCAAUGGUACAGACUGUACUAAACAAUCAGUGUGGUCUGUUAUCCGAGGAGGACAAAGCCACAAUAAUCAAGUUUCUUGAGAAACAAUUCACGCUAGGAAAUUAUGGUGGUAGCCAGGAUACACUUCCGAAUCCUGGCGACUCCGUUCUUCGGUUUAAUAUGCAUGAAACUCGGAUUACAGACCCUAUUUUGGGUAAAGAAACUAGAGAGACAAUAGUCUUCGAAAUGAACCUAACUAGUGGGAAAUGGAGGAAGUUGAAGAAAAAGAUUAGGAAAUCGCGACCAUCGGCUGCAAACACUGAGAAUGCACCAAACCCUAACGAAGGCGAAUGA